AUGACAAAUGUUGUUUUCGAUGCUAGAUGUAUAAUAUUUUUCAUAUUUCACUUUUUCAGGUUUUUUUUAGGUAAAAAUAAAGUUAUGUCACUUGCAUUUGGUAGAAGACCAGAAAAUGAGUACAGGGAAAAUUUGCAUAGGCUGAGUAAAAGAUUGGCGGGAAAUGUAGGAAUUUUAUUUACAAAUAAAACCAAAGAUGAAACGAUAAAAUGGUUUGAGGGUUACUCUUUUGCAGACCACCCACGGUCUGGGAAUAAAGCAGCGUACACAGUCACGCUUGACGAAGGUCCAUUAGAACAGUUUCCUCAUUCUAUGGAGCCACAUUUGCGACAACUUGGACUUCCUACUACUCUCAAAAAAGGAAUUGUAACAUUAUUAUCUGAGCACACUGUUUGCAAAGCUGGACACAAUCUAACACCAGAACAAGCACGGAUAUUGAAACUUCUUGAUCAUAAGAUGUCAAAAUUCUCCAUAAAAUUGGAAUGUAUGUGGUCAAAUGACGGGACUUUUGAAAACUUGAGUGUAAAAAAUAAAAAGCCUGUAAAACAUGAAAGUGAUGGAGAAGAGGAGGUGGAAGAUGAAGAGGAGGAUGGCACAAAUGAUGAUGAUAUGUCAUAAACUGAUUGAAUAAAUAAAUCUUUAAAAAAAA